UGAAGAACCCUGUGCCUGUAUGGAGCGCUGUUUGGCUGCGAGUGACGACAAGUUGUUUGCUGAACAUUUCAGAAAAGAUGUCCCACCAGUGCUCUCUCUCAAUAACAGCGUCCUCCCUGACCACAUCUUUAAGUGGUGGCAGUCUCUACAAUCUACAAGGAGCAAAGCUAGUUACUCCCAAGUGAUUAAGGAGCUGUUUUCUGUCAUUCCUGGAGAGGAAUGGUACAGAGAUGCCGGCCCGUCCCGCUGUCGAACCUGUGCUGUGGUGGGGAACUCUGGGAACCUUUUAGGAUCAUACUAUGGUCCUGUUAUAGACAACCACGAUUUUGUGUUCAGGUAA